AUGCACAACCUUAUCAUUUCUGCAUCAAAUAUUACUAGGACUCAUACCACAACUAAAAUCGACAUAUAUUUUCGACAUUGUGAUCGUGUCAUGAUCCGAGGUAUUCGCGUAAUUAAACGCAUACGGCCUGGAGUGUCACGUGAUUGCCGGUACCGUCAUGUGGCUCCCAAUAUGUCUAUGGCUUUGCCACUGAACUUUUCAAAUUUUUUGCAUACAGGGGGAAAGCGUUCCAAAGCAGUUGAGCUUCCUACUCUGACGACAGUGGAGGAUUUCAAUCAUGUGGUGAACAAGCUUGUUCAGAAGACGAGUGGUGGAAAGAAUGCUAUCAAGACCAAGACCAAGACGAAGAAGGCUCGUCGCGGGGACGUCAGCACCAUGAGUGAGAUUUUGAAUAACCAAGAAUCUACAGUCCAAAACAAAAGUUUCCAGGAUUCGUUUAUCAGUGAUUCUAAUCCCUCUGUGGUGGACUCAUCAUCUCGCCCGGCUGACUCGGCACUUCCAACAGCCCUUCAGCAGUUGCUGAAUACAGCUCCUCUUACCUCAUCUCAACAACUAGCAUCUUCUGACCUGAUCGACAUUGACUCAGCCUCCCCAUCUAAGUUAAGAGAUCACGUGGAACACUUUUGCAUUACCCAACCACCAGAUAUCCUUCUGUCAUGUCUUCUUCAACUAAUCGCAUCACAAGCCUAUCAAGGAGCUCAGAUCACCCUCCAUUACCUUAUCGAACGAGCGCAUACAGAGAAAGACCUGUUUGAGAUUCUUCAACAGGCGUGUAUUGAGAUCUGUGGAGGCAAACAACUGCCAUUGUUCAGAUAUCUAAUGAAGCAAAACUCAUUGGUGGAUACGAGGAAGAACAUUUUACCCUUCUUUCUCAGCACGGCGGUGAAGUUAGGCAAGGAACAGGGACACGCAACGUCUGUGGAGGACUUGGUUUCAACGAACAAGAAUGAGGGGGGAGACAAAAACAAAAUCCGCAAGCUUGGUCACAUGAAGCUGUCUUCGCAACUAAAGGGGUUCUUCUACGACCGUCCAAACGACUUGCUGCAUCUUCUGGAAACCAGCCCCGAUCUGACCCACUUAGUAUCUGCCUACGUGAUGAUAUUCUCCACCUCACUCCUCUCUUCUUCCUACGUCGAGAAGCAACACCAUCUGUGGGAGAAGAUCUACCUCCAUCUAUCUCACAACGAACCACUUGAGUGGUACAUUAGUCACGAGCGGUUGCUAAGAGGCCUAUCUGCCAACUUCUGGGGAAACGUAAUUUCCCGAGGAAAGGCUCCUACAAUCAAACAAUUGCGAACGAAGAUCCGGAAACUGCCCCCAUCACAAGCCAUUUGGAUAGAAGCGACUUUGAUGACCAACGAACUGGCUCAUGCCAAUGCUUUAGUCGAAGCUAUGUUAAAUGAAGGCUUUUCGGCGACCGAGGAGAUCGGACAGCAUUUGGUGCGACUCUUUACUCGUGAUAUGGAUCCAGCAGACGCGCUAGAUGUCAUCGAUGACUUGCAUAAGCAGUACGGCUCCUACAUUUCAUUACAUACGACCUUUUUCAGUCACUGGUGCAGAACAAGGAAUUCUCGUGCUAUCAUGAGCAUGAUCAAGGUUCUAAAGGCCCGUGAUCAAAUGACCAGAGAGUUUUACAUUCAGGCGUUCCAAAGACUGCUCAAAAAUGGAGACUUCAGAGGAGCUCUCUACCUGGCAGAAAUAAUGGCCCGGGAUACGGAGACAUCUAAUCACAUUACUGCUGGCGAGUUUCUGUCUGCAGCUUUGUACCGAGGCCGACUGUCUAUUUUCCCCAAGAAAACAACCUCUGAUGUCUCCGGCUUGAUGACUGAGGGCUUGCGUUAUCAUCUGCACGUGGAACGGUUUGCUAAUUAUAUCAGCAAGUUCAAUGAAACACGUGAAGAGCCUACAACUCGACUGCCCGUUCACGUGACUCUGAGGUACCUGAACGAACUACAUAAGCGUGGUCUCUAUGCAUCUAUGGCUUGGUACCAGUACAAUCUGGAAAUGAUGCAAAUCUGUGCGCUGACUCAACCGGAGGUAGAGGUGUUUCUGCGGGGGUUGGCGAGACUUUUUUCACGUGAUCGAUACAUCUCUCUAGACUUCGACAAGGAGUUUGCCGAUAUUGUUCAGCAGAGUGAAGCUAUUGUGGAGCGGAUCAAUGACCGGAUUAGCAAGACAGGAAAAGGUCUGGUCGAAGAAGAAGAGUCCGCGUUUGCUUCAGAGAUGGAGCCUUUAUCUGCGUCCGAACCUCUUAUCAAAGAGCCCAACUCUGGUUUUUCUAACGACUCUGGUGUGCUUGAGAGCUCAGAUUUCCCUUCAGCCAACCCAGUGCAGCCCCCUUCAUACAACCAAGUCUUCUCUUCACCCUAUUUUCAAUUUGAAACAAUCAAGUGGGGUGCCAUCAAGAGCCCCAAAGAUCCAGGGUCGGGUGUACGCAUCCUCAACAUGCUUCGGAAAAACUCCAAGUCAUAUAUUCGAUCCUAUGUUGUCGCUGACGCCAUCCAACAUGUUGCUACCAAGCUCUACAUUUCCACUCCUCCUAGUUACCACAGACUGAGAUCUCAAACUAGUUUCAACAUGGUCGAGUUUCUGCAGCAAUGCGAGCGAGAGUGGAACAAGCCGUUGAAGUGGAAGAAAUGA